UAGAAGAAACUGAGUAUAUCCUUUCACAGAGCUUGGCUCUAUAAAUUGUUCUCCUCGUAUCGAAAUCCUUCCAUUCGAGAGGAUUGAGGAGAGAAGGAAGGAUCGAGGAGAGAUGAAGAAGCCCAGUCUCGUUAUUUGUUUCCUUUUCUGCCUCUCUUGCUUUAUUGCUCAAACUAAUGGAAGGCAAGCAGAAGUUCUUGGCCGUUUCCGUAUGGCGAAGUUGCAGAGGAAAGUCGCAAUCGAUAGGAGCUUUGAUGAGAAGAUCGAAAUCAUGGAUGAAGCUCGAGUGCUCCCGCAGGAAGGGUUGAAAGAGAAGGAUAGGAUCAAAAGAUUGCCCGGGCAACCCCCUGUUCGGUUCUCUCAAUAUGGAGGCUAUGUCACUGUGGAUGAAUCGGCUGGUCGAGCUCUUUAUUACUACUUUGCUGAAUCUCACUACAAUAAGAAGUCCAAGCCUCUCCUUCUCUGGCUUAACGGAGGUCCUGGUUGUUCUUCACUUGGGUAUGGAGCAAUGGAGGAGCUUGGACCAUUUCGAGUGAAGAGUGAUGGCAAGACACUCUACGAAAAUCCAUUUGCAUGGAACAAAGUGGCCAAUGUUUUGUUCUUGGAGUCUCCUGCUGGUGUAGGCUUUUCCUACUCAAACAGAACAUCUGAUUAUGCUACAAGAGGAGAUCGAAAUACAGCUGAAGAUAACUAUGUCUUCUUGGUAAAUUGGUUAGAGAGAUUUCCUGAGUACAAGACUAGAGAUUUCUAUAUAGCUGGAGAGAGCUAUGCUGGCCAUUAUGUGCCCCAAUUUGCUCAUACCAUUCUUCAGCAUAACAAGAUUUCACAGAAGAACAUCAUCAAUCUCAAAGGGAUCAUGAUAGGAAAUGCAGUGAUAAAUGAUGAAACUGACACCAAGGGAAUGCUUGAUUAUUUCUGGACCCAUGCUUUAACUUCUGAUGAAGACAAAUAUGCAAUCGACAAGUACUGUGAUUUCUCUCCUGGUGCUAACAUAACUGACAAGUGCAUUGAAGCUGUCAAUGAAGAUUAUGAAGAUAUUGAUCCCAUUGACAUGUAUAACAUUUAUGCCCCACUUUGCCACUCUUCCAACCUCACAGAAAAGCCCAAGUUGGCCUCGAUUGAGGAAUUCGAUCCAUGCACCGAUUAUUACGUAUAUGCAUACUUGAACCGUCCAGAUGUGCAAAAUGCCCUCCAUGCCAAUGUCACCAAACUCAAGUAUGACUGGCAACCCUGCAGCGACGUACUCAAUAACUGGACAGACAGCCCGUCAACCAUUCUUCCUCUCUUACAGGAAUUCAUGGCCAACGGACUUCGUGUUUGGGUGUAUAGUGGCGACGUAGAUGCUAGAGUUCCUGUAACUUCAACCAGAUAUUCUCUUAAUAAGCUUCAACUUGCGGUGAAUACUUCCUGGUAUCCUUGGGCCCUGUCAAAUGAGGUGGGUGGAUACAGCGUUGUGUACAAAGGCAACUUAACAUUUGCCACAGUGAGAGGAGCAGGUCAUGAAGUCCCAAGCUACCAGCCUCGCAGAGGGCUUGCACUGAUUUAUUAUUACCUCCAAGGGGGACCCCUACCCAAAAUGAAUAUAUCUAAUUAGUUUUUACCCCUUUCUCUCCCAAUUCAUAGUGAAAUUCUUAUUUUGUCUUUGUUUCUUUUACAUACAACAAUGAUGUCCAAAAACAUUUAUAGUCAGGUCAAUUGAUUGUACCUUACCGUUAAUAUUAAUUGAAAAUUUAUUAGCUUA